AUGAGAAUCUCCGAAAUCUCGCCAGAUCUCACCGCCUCCGGCCACCAGGAAUCCCAUUCUGGCCCCUUGCUGGAGCUUGAAGCCCUCGUCAAAGAAGCGGAGGACCUAUCCCCCGAGGAAGAAGAGAUCCCUGAGUCCCUCGUUGUUGGCCUUCAGAGGUCCCUCGCCGGACUGGUCUCCUCUCUUUCAUUAUCGGAAGCCGCCAAGCUGCAGAUCUGGAAGCUCAGCUAUCGCCUCUGGAAUGCAUGCGUCGACCUCUCCAAUGGCGCGCAGAUCCGUCCUGAUGGCCGGCGGGGAAUCGAGGAAUCUCACGUCAAGCUUCGACAGGCUGCUUCCGAUCUGCUUCUUCUGGCCGGAAGCCCGACUGGGAUAUCAUCUCCGGUGUUCAAGUGUGCCUCCUUCUUUUACAAGACCGGCCUCAUGUGGCACGACUUGAGGCGGUUCGACCUCGCGGCCAACUGCUUCGAGCGGGCCACUGAUCUAACGUCAGGUGUCCAGGUUGAUCGGGUGUUCGAUGCGGAGGAAAAGAGGCUCCUCUUGGAUAUCAAUCUUGCGAGGGCGAAAACGGCUUGGGAGGUCUCUGAUAGGAACCUGGCUGUUGCGUUGCUGAAUCGUUCGAGGAAUUUUCUGUUCGUUUCUCCUGCGAACUAUAAAGCCCUGGCGGAGCAGUACCUACAAUUUGGAAAGCUUGAUCUGUCGGAGAAAUCUGAAUCUGAUGCUUCCUCGAAGCUCCUGAAUGAAGCACUGGAUCUUUGUGAGAAAGGGCUUGGGAUCUCUAAGAGGCCUGACCACACUAUACCACUGGAAAAUUUGAAGGCGAGAUGUCUAAGAUUCCUGGCUGCGGAACGGUUGCAGGCGGCGGACUACGGGGCAGUAGUUAAAUGCAUCAAAGUUAUGAGAGAGGGAUUUGGAAAGGAAGAGCAUCCGAGUGUCAGCUUCAUGGCAUUUAAGGCAUGGAUUGGACUAGGGAAAUUUGAGGAGGCGGAAAGAGAGCUGAGGGCGAUGGCUGUGACAAAGUCCGUUCCUGAGAAUGUCUGUGUCGCGGCGGCUGAGGUGUUCCUGGAAGCGGUUGGACCAGAGGCAGCGAAGGGUGUACUUAUGGGAUUGGUCUCACGGUGCCGUUUGGGACCUGCGGCAGCACUGAGGGUUGUGAAGAAGGUGGCCGUAGGCGGAGGAGGGAGAGCACAGGUUGUGGCAGAAGUGGUUUCAGACGAAAGGGUGUUGGCGCUUUUCGCCGGGGCGGGUGCAGAGAAGGAGCGCGGAACUAUGCAUGCGAUCCUAUGGAAUUGGUAAACUUCUGACUAAACCAUGUUUGUUUCCUCGCAGAGGAUUUCCUACAGGUUAGAUUCCUCACAUAAGAUUGACCGGAUUUUCUUCCAAGAUAACCCCCACGAUGAAGGACUAAUAGUUUUAUAUUCUAAUUAUGGGGUAUUUAAACCGACGGAUUCAGUCAUUUUGAAUUGCACAUCCCGACUAUUAAACAUAAGUCAAAGAAUAUAAGAAUUAAUUUCGCUAGAUUAAGUUGGCAUUUCAUGAUGUCGUAACUUUUAAUUUAAUGCCUCAGUCUGAUAGUAGGGUGUACCCUCGGGCUUCGACGAACUUUUUCCUUUUUCUUCCAAAAAUUGCAGCGUUUAACGUGAUUUUUACAAUGAAGUGGAGCUGAGUAUUUCCGAUCGAAGGACUACGAGACGGCUGUGGAGAUGUUUGAGAAAUCUAUGCUGUACAUACCCCACGACGAGGAAAAUAAGGCCCGCCGAGCUAACUGCUACAGAGUCCUCUGCCUCUGCCACCUUGGCCUCUCUCGGCUCGACCAGGCGCAGGAGUUCAUUGACGAGGCUGCAAAGGUAAGGGAAGAAUCUCAUCAUUUCAUUUUGAAGAAACUUUCGUAAAACCGAAGCAACGCUCACGACCUUUCUUCCACAGCUAGAGCCCAACAUAAACUGUGCUUUUCUGAAGGUAUCCAACAAUUCUCUGAUUUUUUUUGGGGUACAAACAGUAUGUGUUCUAGUUGACUUGCAGGUGGCGUCUCACCGUAAAAACAACAAAAAAAGAGAAAAGAACCAUUUUGUUAUCUUAUUUUUAAUUUUUGGCGUUUGCAGUUUAAAAUUUACCUCCAAAAGAAAGAAGAGAGGGAGGCCAUUGAUCAAUUACAAGACAUGGUGAAAAGUAUUGACUUUAACCCUGAGUAUCUCACUUUGUCAGCCCAUGAAGCUAUGGCCAGCCGUUGCACCCCUGCUGCAGUCGCAGCUCUGUCUGUAGUCCUUGACCUCUAUGCCCCCGGGAGAGAGAUGCCUAUGCCUGAAGUUGCAGUACUACGCAGCCUCAUCACACUCCUUCAAGAAAUAAAAGACACCGAGCGUGAGAUCCUGAAACACUUGAGGCAUGCCCGGAAUCGGAUGUCUGAUCUCGGAGUAGACAACUUCUUUGGAAAGGGUGCAGUUGGUAUUCGAGAGCUAGGAUGGUUUGCAGGGAACUCAUGGAACAUGGGGUUAAAGACUGGAGCGGACAAAAAAUAUGGAUACUGUGCAGAAUUCCUAGAAUUGGCAUCAGAGUUUUAUGGCGCAGCAGAUGGCGGAACGAUUGAAGGCCAACCAAUGGUAUGCAAGUCGAUAAUACUGAGCGUAUGCGCCAUGAUUAGCAGUGAGGAGCAGGGGCAGACACAGUUGACUGAUUCUGACAUCAAGAAAGCGAUGAAGAUGAUCGAAAAGGCUGGCAAGGUAAGCGGAGCAUAAAUUGAUUUUUAAAAUUUGUAUUAUCCUAUGUUAUCUCCAAAGUUUGGCUGCGUCUAAUACAGUUGAUAUUUGGGCAUCAUCUACGAAAAUAAAUGCAAAUAAAAAUUGUCUUUUAUUCUGUUCUCAUAUUGAGCUAGAUUAUAACGAUAAUGGUAGUAUUGCGAUAAUUCCUCGUUUUAAUUUAAUAUCAUAGGUAUAAAUCAUCCGAAUUGCCGGUUAAUAUGAUGAUAUUUAUCUGUACAGAUGCAAUCAUUAUCAGUGAUAUCAUCAUCUCCGACACAAGUCGCUGCUGCUCAGGCUUCCUUAGAGUCAAGACUCUUCUUCCUCCACACUUUCUGUGCCUACCAACUUCUUGGUAGGCUCGAGGAUCCCGACGAUUCCCGGCAUAAACAACUACAGCUGAUCAAGAGCUUUAUUUCAUCUUCAAAGCAGUACACCCCACAAAACCUCCUCCAACUGGGUCUCAUUGCUCUGCAAGGCUCCCGACCAAAUUAUGAAGCUGCUGACCUCGCCCUGAAUUCUUGCCUUUCUUCCCUCCUCGCAUCCCCUUCACCAGACUACCACACAGUCAGCAUUGUGAUCCGGAAGCUUGUCGGGUUUGCUGGAUUGCUGAGGGGGCAAACGGAUGGUGAGGUCGCAGCUUACACUGCCUAUCAGCAGGCCUACAGGAUAAUCGUGGGCCUGAAGGAGGGGGAGUACCCUGCUGAAGAGGGGAAAUGGCUGGCCACGACCGCUUGGAACAAGGCAGGCUACGCAGUCCGUCUUGGGCACGUGGAGGCGGCAAGAAAGUGGAUGAAGAUGGGUUUGGAUUUCGCGCAGCAACUUCAAUGCAUGGAGAAAUACAAACAGGGAAUGGAGGAGUGCAUCCGAAGUUUUGACGAGCACUGUUGCCGUGGUGACCCCAUCGAUGUGGGCUGA